AUGGUGCGCUUUGCCCUGUGGAGUCUCUGGAGUCUUCUGCUCUCCGUGACCGUCGCGACAGGGGCAGAAGUCGAAGGUUGUGAGGCGGACGUGGCUUCUGCUCUGCAGGUGAUGGGCCGAGUGAAGAACCCCGAUGAUGAUUCGCCUCCAGAGGAGGAUCCAGCGGAUGAUGAUGACGAGGAUCCUCCGGAAGAACCGGAGGAUGAUGAUGACGAGGAUCCUGAGGAGGAUCCGGACGUCCCCAUUGUGCUUGAGCCGGAGGAGUGUGAACAGGUGUGCUGUUACUCAAGAUUCAGUUCUCCGGAGUCUCUCUGUGGUUGCCUCGCGGAUCAUUCGAUUUCAUGCAACUUCUGCUCCAGCCCAUACUUUGCCACUCCGAGCGAGUAUCACGUCCCGGACUCUGGCAGCUUCAACGUUUCCAUCUUGGUAAAUGAGACGGGCCUGACGACCAUCUCUCAGCUCGAGGUGGGCUUGGGCCUAGCCGGAUUCCAUCUACAGACUCUUGGGAUCACUUUGCUUGGGCCGAAUGCAGAGAGCCUUCGGCUCAAGGGGGCGGAGCCGGACCAGCCGGAUGAAACUCAGGAAGUGCAUUGGGUCUUCUCUAAUCGACCCGGCUGCAAUGAUUGCAAAGAGCCCGUCGACAGCCUGUCGCAGCUUCAGGGCAAGGAGGCCAAGGGCACGUGGACUCUGAUGUUCGAGACCGACCCAGAAGUUUUGAAUGGUCUGGUGAGCUGGGUGGAGCUGAGUCUCACUUCCUGUUAG